UAUCCAAAACCAAAACUAUUUCGGAUUCAAUAGGAUCUUGGAAAUGUAAUUUAACAUAAACCAAACCAGACUAAAUCUGUAUCGCAUCCAACCCAAACUUUUUUGACAUUCGACUAGGACGAAACUAAUGAAUUCAAAAAUUCAAAAUCAGAAUGAACCUUUACCGAAACCUUCCCUACUCUUAAUUUUAAUUCUAGAUUUGUGGUAAAAGCAUUUUUAGGGUAUCUUAAGGUAUUUAUCUUAAUAAACUCAAAAGCAAUUUUAUUACUUAUCAUAUUUAUUCGUUUUAUUAUAAAGUUAGCACAUAAUUCAUUUUGGUAUUUUUUUUUUUUGAGUGAUGCAGUCAGACAUGUAUUCUCAUAUGAUGAUAGAAUUAUCAGCUGUAGAAUUAUCUAUGUAAUAUUUCUCAUCGUUGUAAUAACAUACUUAAUCAGACGCUAAAAAUUAAAACUAAUGUAUAAUACUCAAAUAUAAUAUAACAAAGAGAAAGAAGUAUUAAGUAAUUUAAAGAUAACUAAAAAGUACCAUUAUCAUCCUUUCUACCAUCUCCUACCGUCCCCUCCCUUCUCUCUCUCUCUCACUCUCAAAAGGGAAAAAGAAAUCUAAAAGAUCGAUUUCACCAUCCUCGAAGUUUCUUAUAAUGGAUGAAGAUGGGUUGAGCAACCGGAACUGGGGUUAUUACGACCAGUCUCAGUUCAGACCAAGUUUAGGUUUUCAACUAAUACCAAGUAUUGUUGACCGUAACGAGAAGCAGUUUCUCUUCCCUCAGAACCCAAACUUCAUAACCACCAAUAAUGGCUACUGUGGUGGUGGUAGUAGCAGCAGCAAUGUCAUGUCGUUUCCGCGCGAUUACACUGCCUCUGAUGCACCGUUCAUGAGCUACAGCUGGUUAAACCAGCACAGAGAUAGCAAGUUCUUUAACAACUUACCUAAUAACCCUUCAAACCAUCACACCCUUCUAGAUCCCAGGGCUCAGCCAAUGCAGCUUCUGCAGUUUCCUAAACCCGAGGCGGGCGAGGUUGAUGAGUCUCUUAAGAGAAGGCAAUGCGGUGGUGGUCAGAGAGCUGAUCCCAAGGCAAAGAAAGAGAGGAAGCUGAAGGAUAAUAUUGUUCCGAGAAUGCAGAGGGAGAGAAGUCCUUUGAGGAAGAGCAUAGAGAUGGUGAUAAAUGGUGUUACAAUAGAUAUUGGUUGUCUACCGGUUCCGGUUUGCUCGUGUACCGGGUUGUCUCAACAGUGUUACAGGUGGGGUUGUGGGGGAUGGCAGUCUGCGUGUUGUACAACCAAUGUGUCCAUGUACCCUUUGCCAAUGAACACUAAAAAGCGCGGUGCUCGAAUCGCCGGAAGGAAAAUGAGCCAAGGUGCAUUUAAGAAAGUUCUUGAGAAACUCUCUGCUGAUGGUUUUGAUUUCUCAGGCCCUAUUGAUUUGAAGUCUCAUUGGGCAAAACAUGGAACCAACAAGUUUGUCACCAUCAGAUAGAGACCAAACCUCUGUCCUUUUUUUUUUGUUUUUUUCUUUAGAUUCGGAAUCAAGUUUUGUUUGUUUCCUAAGGCUAUGUUGUAGAACUCAGAAUCAAACUCGGCAUGUAACUCAAAAACGUACCUCUUUUCUUGAA